AUGGUGGCUAGCCCAUGUCAACGGAUUCUUUCUCAUUUAGUGGAAGAGGAGGAGGAUGGGCGGAGAGUUAGAAUUUACCGACUUCCUAUCUACAUCAAAGACUCGUCGUUUGAGGAUUUCCGGCCCCAGGAAUUAGUGGUGGGAUUCUACACUCACAGAGCUCUGGUCAUAGACGAGGAUCCCAUGCAUUUGGACAACUCGAAAGUCGCCAUUGCCAGGGAGUUUUGUCGAGGACCCGGUCCAGAUGGCCCGCCAGUCGCCUCUGCGCUCGAGCGCCCCAUAAACCCUCAGAUUUGGGUAGAAUUCGGGUCGAGUCUCGAGGUAGACCUGAAGCUUGCGAGGGAAAACUACGAUCGAUUGAGCUGUGACGGCGAUGCAUCAUCCUCAUCAGAGAAUGCCGCGGUGGCCUUGGACGCUCUUUUCAUCGUCGCCUAUCUGCGCUACAACUACAGCUUUCAUGACACUUGGGGCUAUGACUUCCGGGCUGUGUUCGAGCGAUGUGCGUACAACGCGCAGAGGUUUCCUCUGCUACGUGAUCUUCUCAUGUUGGAGAAUCAAGUUCCCAUAUCGUUGUUGCAGGCAGUCGUGACUCGAAUCUGUAGGCCCACUCCGGCGUCGCCGAGCUCACAGUUGUAUGAUAUGUUGCAAUGGUUCGUCAUGGCCAUUCAUCCUUUCAGCGGCGAAGGAGGUGUGGGCUCUGUCCAUCUGCGACGCCAUUUCGAGAGAUUUCACCAGAACAGCUGCGAUACUUUCGUCAAGUGCGACCAUCUUCUGCACUGCUCAUAUCUCGCAAUCUGCGGGCCAGAAGAUCCUUUGCAAUCGUCUCCACUCGACAACUCUGAGUACUGCGGCGUCGAGCUCCCAUAUUUCAGCACACCAAGCAAGGAAUCAUGGACUCCAGCUCGAACCACGUUCCGAAUCCCAUCUGCGACGUCUUUGCUGCGAAUGGGCAUCUCGGUUGAAGUCGGCGACGGUGUCGUCACGACGAACGGCGUCAGAUUAAAGAGGAGAAAGGGCAACUGGUGUCUCCUUCUGCCGCAGCUGACCAUGAACGAUGACACGGCUUCAAUUUUCAGAAACCUCGCCCUGUACGAGCAGAUCAUGGACAACGGAAUUCGUCCCAGAGGAGACAUGAGGACGUACCUGGUUCUGAUGAGCAGCUUGCUCGACAGCGUGCAGGAUGUCCGUCUUCUGAUAAAUCAAGGCGUGAUUCUGAACCAGCUCGGCAGCUCUGAAAAGGUUUCCCAACAAUGGAACCGAAUGUGCGAUGGUUUGUACAUUCCGUCCACCUCUCCUGCCUACUGGUCCGACCUCCAUCGCAUUCUGAAUCAGGUUGAGCUCCAGAACUCCACAAGCAUGAGACCGACGAGAAGUUGCUUUCUGUUGUCGACAUGUUUGGUAGUCAUCGGAUGUUUCCUUGCAUUCCUCGCCGUGUUUUUGAGAACCGUCAUUCUCAUACACGCACAUCCUCAAGCUGCAAUGUAG